GCUUCUUCACCUCAUCCGCCCGGGGUCUAGUUUAUUAUCCAUGAGGCUCUAACGGCGCGCCUUUUCAGAUAACCCCAUCCCCUAAAAAAAAAAAAAAAAAACACCAAAAGAUGACUGUCCUGAAAGACAUCCCGGAAAAAUGGUUUCCAGUGGUUCUCCCGAUCCAGAAAAAGAAAAAGACUGGAUUUGGUGGAAAACAAUCUAAAAAGAAGCGGACAGAGGAGGAGAGAAAGGUCAAAGCCAAUGACAGAGAACACAAUGAAAAGUUUCAGUAUGCGAGUAAUUGCAUUAUGACAUCAAAGUACAACAUCCUCACCUUCCUGCCUGUCAACCUGUUUGAGCAGUUUCAGGAAGUAGCCAACACUUACUUCCUUUUCCUCCUCAUCCUCCAGUUGAUACCUCAGAUCUCUUCCCUCUCCUGGUUCACUACCAUUGUGCCUUUGGCUCUUGUGCUAAGCAUCACUGCAGUGAAGGAUGCCACAGAUGACUAUUUUCGCCACAAGAGCGACAACCAAGUUAACAACCGUCAGUCUCAGGUUCUCAUCCGAGGCUCACUGCAGAAUGAAAAGUGGAUGAACGUUAAAGUGGGCGAUAUCAUUAAACUGGAAAACAACCAGUUUGUGGCAGCUGACCUGCUCCUGUUAUCGAGUACUGAACCUCACGGCCUGUGUUACAUCGAGACAGCCGAGCUUGACGGAGAAACAAAUAUGAAGGUGCGCCAGUCUGUGUCAGUGACGGCUGAGCUCGGCGAUCCGAACAACCUGGUGUCCUUUGAUGGUGAAGUGGUUUGUGAGCCCCCCAACAACAAACUGGAUCGGUUCUGUGGGACUCUGUACUGGCAUGACAAGAAAUACCCUCUGAGCAACCAGAACAUGCUGCUUCGAGGUUGCGUCCUCCGCAACACCGAGGCCUGCUACGGCCUGGUCAUCUUUGCAGGUCCUGACACCAAGCUAAUGCAGAACAGUGGUCGCACCAAGUUUAAACGUACCAGCAUCGACCGCUUGAUGAACACAUUGGUCCUCUGGAUCUUUGGUUUCCUGGUGUGUAUGGGUCUGAUCUUGGCUGUGGGCAAUGCAGUGUGGGAGCAAGAGGUGGGGUCGUUGUUUCAGAGCUACCUGCCCUGGGACCCUCCUGUGGACAACUUUCUGUUCUCAGCCUUCCUGUCCUUCUGGUCCUACAUAAUCAUUCUUAACACAGUCGUGCCUAUUUCGUUAUACGUCAGUGUGGAGGUGAUCAGGUUGGGCCACAGCUACUUCAUCAACUGGGACCGGCGGAUGUUUUGCUCACAAUGCAAUACAGCAGCUGAGGCCAGGACCACCACUCUGAAUGAAGAGCUAGGACAGGUUGAAUACAUCUUCAGUGAUAAAACUGGAACUCUAACUCAGAACAUUAUGAGCUUUAAUAAGUGCUCAAUCUAUGGUCAAACUUAUGGUGAAGUCAUGGAUACAUUAGGAAAAAAGCCAAAGAGGCUGGAUUUCACUCCUUUUAACCCGCUGGCAGACCCGGAUUUUAGAUUCUACGACGAAAAGCUGCUGGAGUCGGUGAAAGUGGGGGAUUCACACACUCAUGAGUUUUUCCGCCUGCUUUCUCUCUGUCACACAGUUAUGAGUGAGGAGAAAAGUGAAGGGGAGCUGGUCUAUAAGGCUCAGUCUCCAGAUGAGGGCGCUCUUGUGACAGCAGCUCGAAACUUUGGAUUUGUGUUUCGCUCUCGAACACCUGGGACGAUCACUACAACUGAGAUGGGUAGAACCGUCGUCUACUCACUGCUUGCCAUACUGGACUUCAACAACAUUCGCAAGAGGAUGUCUGUCAUAGUGCGUAACCCAGAAGGAAAGAUCCGUCUGUACUGUAAAGGAGCUGACACAGUGGUGUUAGAGAGGCUCCACUCCUGCAACCAGGAACUGAUAAGCAUCACCUCAGACCACCUUAAUGAGUAUGCAGCUGAUGGGUUACGGACACUCGCCCUUGCCUACAGGGAGCUCUCUGAGGACGAGUGGGAGGCCUGGUCAGAGAGUCACCGCUGUGCAGAUAAGGCCACUGACUGUAGGGAGGACAGGCUGGCUGCAGCAUAUGACAAGAUAGAGCAAGAUAUGAUGCUCCUAGGUGCCACAGCUAUAGAGGACAAACUGCAGGAAGGAGUCCAAGAGACUAUAGCUCUCCUUUCUCUAGCCAACAUCAAAAUAUGGGUUUUAACUGGAGACAAGCAGGAAACAGCGGUCAACAUAGGCUACUCCUGCAAAAUGCUGACAGAUGACAUGACUGAGGUGUUCAUCAUCAGUGGACACACUGUUCAGAGUGUUCGGCAGGAACUCAGGAGGGCGAGGGAGAGGAUGAUUGAGCUGUCGCGUGCUAAAGAUGAAGGGACAAAGGGCUGGGCUGAGGCACGCUUCAUGGGUAACGGGUUGAAAGAUGGGCAAGAAAAAGAUGGUAGAACAGGAGAAGGAUCGAAACAGCUUAAUUCUCCCUGUGGCGACAUGGACAACAUCUCAGGGGAGUUUGCCCUCAUUAUCAGUGGCCAUAGUUUGGCCCAUGCACUGGAAGCAGACAUGGAGUCAGAGUUUGUGUUGACGGCGUGUGCAUGCAAGGCAGUUAUCUGCUGCAGAGUCACACCGCUGCAGAAAGCUCAGGUGGUGGAGCUUAUCAAGAAACAUAAGAAUGCCGUCACUUUGGCUAUUGGAGAUGGCGCCAACGAUGUCAGCAUGAUCAAAAGUGCUCAUAUUGGAGUUGGUAUCUCGGGCCAGGAGGGGAUCCAGGCGGUGUUAGCCAGCGACUACUCUUUCGCCCAGUUCCGCUUCCUGCAGCGCCUCCUGCUGGUCCACGGGCGCUGGUCCUACCUGCGCAUGUGCCGUUUCCUCUGCUACUUCUUCUACAAGAACUUUGCCUUUACCAUGGUGCACUUCUGGUUCGGCUUCUUCUGUGGAUUCUCAGCCCAGACGGUGUAUGAUCAGUACUUCAUCACACUCUACAACAUUGUGUACACCUCCCUCCCCGUGCUGGCCAUGGGGGUUUUUGACCAGGAUGUUCCAGAUCACAGAAGUCUGGAGUAUCCGAAGUUGUAUGAGCCCGGGCAGCUCAACCUCCUAUUUAACAAGAAGGAGUUUUUCAUCUGCAUCGCCCAGGGCAUCUACACUUCAGUGGUGCUUUUUUUCGUGCCCUACGCCGUUCUGUCCAAUGCCACACAGAUCAACGGCGUGCCCCUCGCCGACUACCAGACAUUUGCAGUCACGACGGCGACAGCCCUUGUUAUUGUUGUCAGUGUGCAGAUUGCUCUAGAUACAGGCUUCUGGACCAUUUUUAACCACAUGUUCGUUUGGGGCUCUGUGGGUUCCUAUUUCACCAUCAUGUUCGCGCUGCACAGUCAGACACUCUUCAGGAUCUUUCCCAACCAGUUCCACUUCGUAGGUAGUGCGCAGAACACACUAUUGCAGCCAGUUGUGUGGUUAACUAUUGCACUAGCAACUGCAAUAUGCGUAGUUCCAGUUUUGGCAUUCCGCUUCCUCAAGCUGGACCUCAAGCCUCAGCUGUCAGACACGGUGCGUUAUACUCAAUUGGUGAGGCAGAAAAGGCGUAAACCUGGAGGUCGCAGCAUGGGAGGAGCCUGGCGUGGCACAGGCAGCGUCUCUGAGGGCCGCCUCGGUGCCCGAGGUGGUUCAAGGAGGUCAGGCUAUGCCUUCUCCCACCAGGAAGGCUUUGGAGAGCUGAUCACCUCUGGAAAAAACAUGAGGCUUUCCUCCUUGGCCUUAGCCAAUUUUGCCUCCAAACACAGCUCUAGCUGGAUCGAAACACUUCGGAGGAAGAAGAAUACUCACACUCCGCCAAACACCUCUGGGGAGUGCAGCCCAGCACCCAGUAACAUGUCUGGGACGGGUCCAGCUCUAUCAAACUCUUCCUCUGUUUUGGGGGGCUCACAAGAAACGUCAAUCGAGGAGGAAAGCAACACAGCAGUUGAGCUGUCUUCAUCAUCACAUCCAGCGACCUUGGAAGUGAAUGAAUCCAAGGCCUCUGCUCCCGACAGCUCUACUUCUGCUGCAGCAACAACAGACUCAUCCGGAGGCUGGACUCUCUCUCUAGAGACUGUGCAGGAGACUCCUUUUGAUCAAAGGGGCUUUGCCAGGGCCUCCUACAGCUCAGACCCGCCGUGUGAUGCCAGAGAACUCCCCCACCCCCACACUAAAUAAAACUCAUGCAUAAAUAGUUGCAUGGUGUUUUUUUUUCUGGAUCCAUGCAAUGACUGAUAGAUAUAGAAACAUAACCACAGAGUUCUUGUCUCAAAAUAUCACACAAGAGGAAGCGACUUAUUCUAAUGAUCUUGACCUUCCCAUCAGUAAUUCUGUGAUUUUUAUAAUAAAAUUUGAAAUGUUUAAUAUGUUCCAGAAGCAGAUGGUGGUAAACCAAGCUAUUAAUCACGUUUCUCGGACAUUUUGCACAUGCUUUACAUUUAAAGAUGACUCGCUGAAUGAAUGAGAGACAGAAAAGGUGCUGGCAUUACAAUCGAUGAAAGCCUUCUCUGUUCAAAAAUGUGUUCUUAAUAGUUCUCAGUGAGAACGGUAUUUCUUUUAGACAAAAGUCUGUUUUAACAUUUGUUAUUUUUUCAUACUGAGCUGCUGUCUUACUAAUUUGUACCUAUUUUUUUGCAUCAUAUUGAUGUGUUAUAAAGGCCUGGUUGAGUUGCACCUUCAAAUAAGCAUUUAGUGCUUUUGAUUUUACAGUUAGGCCUUGGUUUUGAUAAAGGCUCCUUCUUUUCUUCUUUUGAUGUCCCUCUUUAAAUAGCUGAAUGAAUAAGGCAAACUUACUGUUUACUUUAGGUCAGACCUGGGCAGAGUGCAAAGAGGCUGUGUGGAGGUGCAAGAAUAGAUGAAGUCGUUUUAACUUUCUUCCAACUUUCUGUUGUAAA